AUGAGCGCCCCAGCAUAUUACGAACUUUAUAGAAGAUCUACCAUUGGUGUGACACUAGCCGAUGCAUUGGACACUUUAAUUUCCGAUGAGAAAAUACAACCACAGCUCGCUAACCGGAUCCUCAACAAUUUUGAUCGUAUUAUAGCUGAAAAUUUAAAGAAUGAUGCAAACAUCGCUAAGCUGAAACUUACAUUCAAAGGUGAUUUGGACACAUAUAGAUUCUGCGAUGAUGUGUGGACAUUUAUUAUCAAAAACGUGAUUGUGAAGUUGAGCGAUGUAGGUGGUGGAAGCAACAGUAAUAGCAAUGGUAAUAGUAAUAGCAACAGCAAUGACAACGAUUUAGAGAUUAAUGUGGAUAAGUUCAAGAUUGUUGCUUGUAACUCGCGAAAGGCUGGUGAACUAUGA